CCCGACUCUAACAUGGCGGCGCCCUUUGUCUGCUCUGAAGUGCCGUCCCCGGCCUUCUCGCGGCCGUGAUGCACCUCCCUCGGCGGUGGGGUCCAGGACAUGGCAGGUAAUGAGCUGGAGGAAGAGAACCAAGCUGGAGUUUACACAGACAAACUGUCAGAAAAGAGUAGCCUGGGCUGCUUGGAAAUCUGAGCCAUGGAUUUCCCCCAGCACAGCCAGCACGUCUUGGAGCAGCUGAACCAGCAGCGGCAACUGGGGCUUUUGUGUGACUGCACUUUUGUGGUGGAUGGUGUUGACUUCAAGGCCCAUAAAGCUGUGCUGGCGGCCUGCAGCGAGUACUUCAAGAUGCUCUUCGUGGACCAGAAGGACGUGGUGCACCUGGACAUCAGUAACGCGGCAGGCCUGGGGCAGGUGCUGGAGUUCAUGUACACAGCCAAGCUGAGCCUGAGCGCCGAGAACGUGGACGACGUGCUGGCUGUGGCCAGCUUCCUGCACAUGCAGGACGUCAUCACGGCCUGCCACGCCCUCAAGUCGCUCACGGAGCCAGCGCCCAGCCCUGGGCAGAGUCCAGAGGUCUUGGCCACAGAAGGAGGGGACAAGAGAGCCAAAGAGGAGAAGGCUGCUGGCGCCACAGCGAGCCAGCCGGACCCAGCUGGAGGCAGUCCACCCGCGGGCCCAGGCCGGGAGCCCAAAGAAGAGCGAGGUGGCCAGGCCGAGAGCGCGGCCAGCGGUGCAGAGCAGACGGAGAAGGCCGACGCCCCCCGGGAGCCGCCAGUGGAGCUCAAGCCCGACCCCACGAGUGGCAUGGCCGCCGCCGAGGCUGAGGCCGCCUUGUCUGAGAGCUCGGAGCAAGAGAUGGAGGUGGAGCCGGCCAGGAAGGGAGACGACCCGCGGGAGGAGAGCACCAGGCCAGCUGCGGUCAAGGAAGAGGGGCCGCAGCUGGAGAAGGGAGAAGCCCCCGAGGAGAGUGAGGAGUCAGCGAGCACAGACUCGGGGCAGGAGCUGGGCGCCGAGGCCCGGGGCCUGCGCGCGGGCACCUACGGGGACCGCACGGAGUCCAAGGCCUACGGCUCGGUCAUCCACAAGUGCGAGGACUGCGGGAAGGAGUUCACGCACACCGGGAACUUCAAGCGGCACAUCCGCAUCCACACGGGCGAGAAGCCCUUCUCGUGCCGCGAGUGCAGCAAGGCCUUCUCCGACCCGGCCGCCUGCAAGGCCCACGAGAAGACCCACAGCCCGCUGAAGCCCUACGGCUGCGAGGAGUGCGGCAAGAGCUACCGGCUCAUCAGCCUGCUGAACCUGCACAAGAAGCGGCACUCGGGCGAGGCGCGCUACCGCUGCGAGGACUGCGGCAAGCUCUUCACCACCUCGGGCAACCUCAAGCGCCACCAGCUGGUGCACAGCGGCGAGAAGCCCUACCAGUGCGACUACUGCGGCCGCUCCUUCUCGGACCCCACCUCCAAGAUGCGCCACCUGGAGACGCACGACACGGACAAGGAGCACAAGUGCCCGCACUGCGACAAGAAGUUCAACCAGGUGGGGAACCUGAAGGCCCACCUGAAGAUCCACAUCGCAGACGGGCCCCUCAAGUGCCGGGAGUGUGGGAAGCAGUUCACCACCUCAGGGAACCUGAAGCGGCACCUUCGGAUCCACAGCGGGGAGAAGCCCUACGUGUGCGUCCACUGCCAGCGGCAGUUUGCCGACCCCGGAGCCCUGCAGCGGCACGUCCGCAUCCACACGGGCGAGAAGCCGUGCCAGUGCGUGAUGUGCGGCAAGGCCUUCACCCAGGCCAGCUCCCUCAUCGCCCACGUGCGCCAGCACACCGGGGAGAAGCCCUAUGUCUGCGAGCGCUGCGGCAAGAGGUUUGUCCAGUCCAGCCAGCUGGCCAAUCACAUUCGCCACCACGACAACAUCCGCCCCCACAAGUGCAGCGUGUGCAGCAAGGCCUUUGUGAACGUGGGGGACCUGUCCAAGCACAUCAUCAUUCACACCGGAGAGAAGCCUUACCUGUGUGACAAGUGUGGCCGCGGCUUCAACCGAGUGGACAACCUGCGCUCCCACGUGAAGACCGUGCACCAGGGCAAGGCUGGCAUCAAAAUCCUGGAGCCAGAGGAGGGCGGUGAGGUCAGCGUGGUCACUGUGGACGACAUGGUCACGCUGGCCACCGAAGCCCUGGCAGCGACAGCUGUCACCCAGCUCACAGUGGUGCCCGUGGGGGCCGCGGUGACCGCCGACGAGACGGAAGUGCUUAAAGCAGAGAUCAGCAAAGCUGUGAAGCAAGUGCAGGAAGAAGACCCCAACACCCACAUCCUCUAUGCCUGUGACUCCUGUGGGGACAAGUUCCUGGAUGCCAACAGCCUGGCCCAGCAUGUGCGGAUCCACACGGCCCAGGCUCUGGUCAUGUUCCAGACGGACGCAGACUUCUACCAGCAGUACGGGCCGGGCAGCACGUGGCAGGCCGGGCAGGUGCUGCAGGCGGGGGAGCUGGUCUUCCGCCCUCGGGAGGGGGCAGAUGGCCAGCCCGCUCUGGCAGAGACGCCCCCCACCGGCCCGGAAUGUCCACCACCUGCCGAGUGAGCAGGCACCCCCCCACCACCACCGCCCCGACUAUUUAAGGAUGGCUGGCACCCUAGAACUGAGAGGGUUGGCCCCGUUCUCUAGAGAAUAAAUUUGAUUAUUUUCUAAUGCUGCUUACAGCUCCCUCAGGGUGGGCGGGGAGCUGGCAGCUGGGGCUGGGCCGCAGAGGGCUGCUCCACCAGGAGCCAGUCAGCAGAGGCCAGGCUGCCCCCGUGAUGGGCUGGACGGGAGCCCGGGGGCCGCCGAGAAGCAACAGGCUGCUCUGCCCCGAGUUGGGCGUGGGCAGCACUCUUGGGCCAACACACUAAGGCGCCACGUGACCCAGUUCCGUCAUCAUCUCUUUGGUGGCGCCUCACCUGGCCUCGCCUGCUCGGGUAUAGUACCCUGCUCUUCCCCUGCCCAGAGUGGGGAGCUGGGCCGGCAGACACUGGCCAUGACUGCUGCCAGGACCCAGAAAGCACCCACCUCAGGCCCAUUCAGCACAGCAGCGAGCCUGGCACGAGAGGUGAGGCCCCAGGGCCGUCGGGCCUGGGGGAGCAGGCGGGCUCUGUACCCUCCGCAGUCGCGCUGCCGGGGCUCAGGGCCAGACGGCAGGGACAGCUGCUUGCCCGAAAUCGGUGGAGCCUGGGCAGGCGCAGUGAGCCACCGGGCGCUCCGAGGGCCGGAGGGCACAGCACUGCCUGCACUAGGGGCAAGUAGAAGCCACGGGCGCGGUUGCCCCUCAGGCCUGUCGGCAGACGGCGCCCUGCCAGCGGCUCCAGUCCUCUACUAGAGGGCACCGCAGACGUGGAGGCUGGCUGGUGGAUGUUGUGAGGCCCCCUCCUCGACGCCCUCCCCAACCUUCCCCCCUUGUUGCGAGCGUGGAGGGGGCGGCGCCGGCGAGCCAGGCCCCCCGCGGGGUGACGUGAGGGCUGUCAGAUCCAACUGUGAAAGUGCCUUCCAGUGGCCAACUGGGAUCUUGAAGUCACAGGUCACUUACACCACAGCGCUGAAAUCGGUUCCGGCUCGGCAUCUGAUGAAAACCUCUCGGCCAGGAUCGGUGACCCGCGGGGGGUUCAGUGGCCGGGAGGAGACGGGUCCCUCCUCCAGAGGCGGAGGGCGACGGCGGGCGUGGGGUGAGGGCUACUGCACCCUCAAGCCAGGGACCCUUGGCCACCCCACCCAAGUGACAAUCACAUCCACUCUUGACAUGUUUUGUAUUUUUUAAUAAAGUUUGUAAUCCAAUGGACACACAAAACAAAACUGCGCUGAGAAAAACAGUUUCAUAAAUUAAUAAGUGUUAGGAAGUUGGGGGCGAGACCAAGGUAGCAGGAGGAGGUGAGCCAGUCCGGUGCAGUCCGUGUGACACUUCACGUCGGCGCAGGCCCGUGCUGUCACGAAGCGCACUUGUACAAAUGAGUGACGAUACAAAGUCUGAGUAUGAAAAUAAGAUUUUCUCUGAAAACACAUUUUUUGGCACAGAUUAAAAAAAAUGUAUGUCAGGGGAAUUUGAUUUUUAAGUCAGUAUUAUAUAUAUUUAUAUAUAUUAUAUAUUUAUAUAUACACACAUCCCAAGUUCUGCACAUCCCACCAACAAAGGAAAUCCUUGUUUGCUCUUUUUCAAUUGUAAACUGUACAUCCGGGUGAAUCAGCGACGGUGGCGGCGAGAAUGGAGGUGACACAUGAGCAGGGCAAGGGCGGGUGGGGACCAACAACCCAGUGAGACGCUCCUUGACCCCAGGUUUCCGCGAAGCUCCGAGGCCGGCCAGUCUGGUGCGCGCACCACGGCGCCCAGCGUGUCGCAGCCCGUCUUCACUGUGCAAAAGUCCAAGUCACUAAUUUAGUGCAAAGGCAGUUCCGUUUUGUUUCUUAAAAACAAAAAUUUAAUUCCACUGCCCUGUUCUUUUCUCCAAGAAGGAGAGAGAGACCCAGCCCCAAGGUGUCUGCGUGUCCAUCCGUUGGUGGUCUGUCUGUCCUUGGGCUAAAUGUAAACAUACAGAUAGCAGCACCACUGCCCGGUCGUCUGGG